UACUAUUUUGGACGUUUUUUUGUCUGUCCAGGAUCAGUUAAAGCUCAUCAGGGAAGAUAUGGCAGCAAGCGAUGGGUCUCCAACCAAAGUUUUCAAGCAAUGCAACAGUCCGGUGCUUACAGAUGUUGCCAUAGGAAAAAGUGAGAUAUCGCCUGAUGAGUCCAACCUCUCCCAAUGUAAGAUGUCAUUCAAUCAUGCAGCAAAAAAGCAAAAAACGGACUUGGACGCGCACGUGGAUAAAUACACUGAAGAAAAAUCCGACGAGUGUGGGCAGAGGACAGAUAUCAAGUCAAACAUUGAGAUACAUACAGGAGAAAAGCCAUACAAGUGUGAGCAGUGUGACUACUGCACGGCAAGCAAAGGGACCUUAAGCAUGCACAUGGCAAAACACAUUAGUGAGAAACCUUACAGGUGUGGAGAGUGUGGGUUCAGAACAGGGCACAGGUCUGCCCUAUCAAGUCAUAUGAAGAUACAUUCAGGGGAGAAAUCGUACAAAUGUGACCUGUGCGACUACUGCACGGCUCUGAAAGUACAAUUGGAAAUACACAUGGCUAAACACGCCGUUGAGAAACCCUACAUGUGUGGGGAGUGUGGGUUCAGAACAGGUGACAAGUCUGCCCUGUCAACGCACAUGAACAUACAUACAGGAGAGUUGCCGCACAAUUGUGACUUCAGCUCAGCCAGAAAAGAAGACUCAGGCAAACACUUGGCUGAACACAACAAUGACAAACCCUACAUGUGUGGCAAAUGUGGGUACAGGACAGCUUACAGUGAUGACCUAUCCAGUCAUAUGAAGACACAUACAUUGGAGAAGCCCUACAAGUGUGACCAGUGUGGCUACUGUACAGAUAAAAAAUGGAGUUUGGACAAGCACGUGGCUACACACACUGGUGAGAAACCCUACACGUGUGGGAAAUGCAGGUACAGGACAGCUUACAUGGAUGAUCUAUUCAGUCAUAUGAAGAUGCAUACAGGAGAGAAUCUGUACAAGUGUGACCAGUGUGGCUACUACACGGAUAGAAAAUGGAGUUUGGACAAGCACAUGGCUAAACACACUGGUGAGAAAACCUACAUUUGUGGAGAGUGUGGGUACAGAACAGCUCGCAGAGCUACCAUAUCAAGUCAUAUUAAGAUACAUACCUGAGAGAAACUGUACAAGUGACCAGUGCGACUACUGCACGGCUCUGAAAGAACACAUGGGUAUACACGCCGGUGAGAAACCUUACAUGUGUGAAGAGUGUGGGUACAGAACAGAUUACAGAUCUACCCUAUCAAGCCAUAUGAAGAUACAUGCCAGAGAGAAAACACACAAGUGUGACCAGUGUGACUACUACACGUAUUGGAACCCAGACUUGAUUACUCACAUGUCUAAGCACUCUGGUGAGAGACCCUACAUUUACAUGUGUGGGCAGUGUGGGUUCAGGACAGAUUAUAAGUCCACACGAAAAUACAUUCAGGAGAAAAUCCAUAUACACAAGUGUGAGCAGUGUUUGUUUUCUGUUAGCCAUCAAGGCCACCAGGACCAACAGUCCAACACAUAGCCAAGCAUGUUCCAGUUGGAGAGAAGCUGUACAUGUGUGACCACUAUGGGCUUGUGCACAGUGUUUAAAAAUGUCUGGGUACACGAUUGAUAAAAAAAACACAUUUGAGGUUUUAGGUGUAGCAUUUAGAAAUUAGAGGUUUUACUUAACUUUAAGGUGUAGUAUUAGAUUUACAUGUAUAAAGGUUAGACAUCCAGGUAAACAAGGUUUAAUGUGUAGUUGUUGUUAAGUGCCAGGGCUCGAAAUACUGGGUGCAUGUGCACCCAGGUGCACCCAAAAUUGGAGCUGUGCACCCAAUUAUUUUCUGUGGGUGCAUAGGGUGCACCCAAAUAUUUUCUUAGGUUUAUGUAUGUGAAGAUAUCAAAGUAUACUAGUAUACAUCAUAUUCU